AUGCCCGGGGUAGCUUGGCUGUUUUACUCCAUGCUGGUGCUGCUCCUGCUGGCCCUGCUGGGGGCUGCUCUGUUCUUCUGGCAGCAUACUCCAGCAAGGAACAAGAUCCCCAGGGCACAGAGGCGUAGAGUGGUAGCUUUGCAGCAGAUGGAGGCACUGGCAAAGUGUCUCCGGCAGCAGGAGCCAUCCCUGGACCCCAAGCCCAUCCUGGAGCUGCCCCUGGAGACACUGGUCCAGAAGCUGCAGGAUGAAGAACUCAGUGUGGAGAGCGUCCUGUGUAGCUACUUAGAGGAGAUGGGGGUCUGGGCACUGAAGGUACACCAGGAGGUGAAUUGCCUGACGGAUUUCCUGGGUGAGUGUGAGGAGCAACUACAGGCAUUGAAGAAGCUUAGGAAGACUGAGAGAGGCCUUCUUUAUGGGGUCCCUGUCAGCCUCAAGGACCCCUAUGACUGCAAGGGCCAUGAUUCUACAUGUGGUCUGACCCAGUUCCUGGAGAAGCCAGUGGCCAAGGAUGGGGUCAUUGUGCAAGUGCUCAAGGCUCAAGGAGCUAUUCCCUUUGUUAAGACCAACAUCCCUCAGACACUGUACAGUUUUGAUUGCAGCAACCCCAUCUAUGGACAGACUCUGAACCCUCUGAACUUAAAGAAGACACCAGGGGGCUCCUCAGGGGGUGAGGGAGCCCUGCUGGCAAAAGGAGGUUCCAUCCUGGGCAUGGGUACUGACACUGCUGGCAGCAUCCGUGUACCAGCCAGCUUUUGUGGUAUCUGUGGCUUCAGGACCACAGGAUACCGCCUCAGCCUCUCUGGAGUUUCCAGUGCUGUCAAAGGCAAGAUAUCAGUGACUACAGUGGCUGGCCCCAUGGCCCGGGAUGUGGAGAGCCUGGCCCUGUGUCUGCGAGCCCUGCUAAGUGAAGACAUGCACCGACUGGACCCUACUGUGCCUUUUAUGCCCUUCAGGGAGGAGGUAUACUCCAGUAACCAGCGCCUUCGAAUUGGCUUCUGUGAAACAGAUGGCUUCACCCAGCCAUCUCCUAGCAUGGCCAGGGCUGUGAGGCUCACCUCCAGGCUGCUCCAGGAUGCGGGACAUCAGGUCAUCCCCUUCUCCAUCCCCCAUAUAAAGUAUGCUGUCAAACACCUGUUCGAGGGGGGUCUGUUUGCUGAUGGAGGGGCCACCCUUCUGGAGAAGCUUGAGGGGGACAUUGUGGACCCCUGCAUAAAGGGAAUGGUCAACUGGCUCCGCCUGCCAGACCUACUCAAGUGUUUCUUGGCCUGGAUCCUGAAGUACACAGAAUAUCAGCAAAAGUUCAUAGCCAAGUGGAGGUCCCUGGACCUGGACGUGCUGCUGAUGCCAGCUAUGGACCCCGCCUUCCAUAUAUGCUAUUCUGAGAUAGGAACAGAUAUUGCCUCCUACAUGGGCCUGUACAACAUCCUGAACUUCCCUGCUGGCGUUGUGCCGGUCACCACUGUGACGCCGCAGGACGAGGAGGAACUGGCCUUCUACACGGGAUACUACAGAGAUAGUACCGACAAAAAUUUCCAGAGGGCGAUACAAGGAUCUGUGGGACUUCCUGUGGCUGUGCAGUGCAUUGCUCUUCCAUGGGAAGAGGAGCUGUGUCUCCGGUUCAUGAAAGAAGUGGAGACCUUGGCCAAGAACCACAGUGGACCCAAGUGA